AUGAGGAAGUGAAUGAAACACUUGAAAUUGAAACUAAAUUGAAAGCUCAAUAGCAGGUUGCCACACAGCUGGCAUACUAGAGGUUCUCACUUUUCUUUCAAGUUUUUCAAGUAUUUCAAGUAAUUUAAGGCACCAUGGAUGAAUAUCGACACCCAUUACUCUUUGAAGCAAAAGAGCUUACAGACAAAGAGAUGAAAAUCAUCUGGAGAUACUUUCAGAAACAAAGAAAUUCUGAUGGGGGUGACUGCGGAAUGAUAAAAAAGGUUGGAGACAACACUUAUCAAAUCUGUUUCAAGGAAAAAAAAGUCCAGGAGAGAGUUUUGCAAAAAAAAGAACACAUCAUCUCUCUUCCUUGUCGAGAGCUGCAUCUGACUGUGACCCUAUCCAAAUCUCACAAUCCCAAAUCCACUGAUCAGACACCUGCCACUUCACAGACAUCCACAAAGGCAAACACAAAAGGGCUUGAGAAGACUUUCAAGCUAGACAUUUACCUCCUGUAUUACCUACGAGACAACCCUAAAGCAUGUAAAGUGUUACAGAAACAACUCUCUUCUAUUGGCUGCACACUGGAAUUACAUUUUGAUGAAGAGGAAGCAGUGAUUAGAGGGGAUAUUGAGAAGGGACCUGGAGGGGCUUGUGGUGCUGGAGAGAAAUGGGAGAUGCCAGGUGGAUCAGGUCUUCACCAAUCUUAAUGAGAGCUACCUCUGCCAUCAUGUGGUUGAGCGAAAACAAAUCAAAAUGCUACAGCAGGACCAAUCUUUUGAGACUGAUGAUAUCAAAGUGUACGCAGAGAUUGGUUAUUCUGUGAUUGUUGGAGCAGCUGACGCUGUGAAGGAGAGGAUUGCAAUCCUGGAAAAGAGCCUGCCAACCCGGAAGGAACUGCCAGUUGUGGAGAAGAACCUCAAACUGGUAGAAGAAGAGUUCAGACGAGAAAUGUCUGCACAAUACCCAGAAGUUAAAAUCCACAUAGGUAAUAACAUCAUCAUCCUGGAGGGACCUGAUAAGAAGGUUCAGUCAGGAGUUACAAAAGUUGAUGAGCUGAUGAAAAAGGUAUUGAAGAAAAGAGUUAAGCUCCCUGAAGAUUUAAUGUCCUUCAUAAAAACUAGUGGUACCAUCUCCAAGUACCAGAAUCGCUUCCAACAGAGCCUCAGAAAUCCUGUUUCCCUAGAGGCGGAAUCAGACUUUGUUCUGUCCAGUUUGUCUUCUGGUGCCCUGGAUGAGGCCUCGGCAGCAGUGGAGAGAGAUCUAAGUGUGGACACUGUGCAGCUGCAGGGAGCUGCAGCUGUUCCACCAGAUCUGGAUAGAGUGAAGGACAUCCUCAACAAAGCAAAGAACGAGGCAAACUGUCAAGACUUCAGAGUGGAUGUCAGCUUCAUCCCAGGAGCCAGUGGAACCGCUGCGACGAAAGUACGACUGGUAGGCUACACUGAAAAUGUGAACAAGCUGAAAGAAGUUCUGCAUGACUACCAGAUGAACCAGGUUGGGACACAAGAAGUGCUGAACCUACCACAUCCUGAACUGGUUGACUGUUUUGAUAAAAUCAUAGACCUGAUCGGGAUGAAGCAGACUAAAGUGACAAUAAAAACUUCACCUUUCCCAUAUCCUUGUGUGCUUGUAUCUGGGCCCCGCUGCCUGGUCAAGGAAGUUCAGACAGACUUAAACGCAACUCUAGCCAGUUUGACAUUAGAGAUGCUGGUCCUAGAUGGACCAGGAGUGCAAUGGUACUUCCAGAGAAAAGGUAAAGAAAGCAAAGAAGAGGUAGAACAAUCCUUGCAGGUCCUCAUCAUGGAACAGCAACAUUCUCAGAGUACGGAAACAGUCUCAAAUUUGUACACAGAACCACAAUACAGCAGCAUCCCCAGCCUCGGCAUGUCCACCAGAUGGCAACACAACACUACAAGCAGCACAACAAGCAGCACAACAUGCAGCACAACAAAUACAACAACAGUCUCAGUCAAACAAACAAUCCUGAAGAUCAAGCUUGGCAAUUUGGUGGAUGAGCAGGUGAAUGUGCUGGUGGCCCCCAUGAUCAACAAAAAGCUUACGUCUACUAAAAUUGGUAAAUGUCUGAAAGAGGUGGGGAGUGCAAUGGAAAAAAACUUUGACCAGAUGGCAAAGAAGUGGAGCCUCUCCAGUGAUUGUGUUAUGCAAGUUGAUGCACCUCCAUCUCUGGGCUGCUCCAAGAUCUUCUUCAUUGAAUGCCUGCCAUGGGAUGGGGUCAGGGGGAAGAGCAAGCAGGCUCUUAGGAAUGGGCUGAAAAGGUGCUUGGACCUGUGUGUACAGCAGGGCUGGUCCUCAGUUGCCUUGCCAGUCAUCGGACCUGGAGUGGCUUUAAAAUACCCUUUGAGAGAAGCCAUUGAAGUUCUAACUGAAAACAUUCACCAGUUUGGAUUAUCUGCAUCCUCUGGUUCUCUCUCCACCAUCCAUGUUGUCAUUAAACCAGGCUACCCUGACUCUGAAGAGAGUUACCAUGAUAUCUACAGACAUCUCAGUUUGAACAUGAACCAGGGAAGCCAAGCAAUCUUCAAGCCCCUCACCAGUGACCUUGAUGACGUCACCAUAACACUGGGAGGUGGGGUUAAACUACAACUGGUGUUUGGUGACAUCACUAAUGAGACUACAGAUGCGAUCGUGAACACGACCGACUUCGUUAACAUUCAGAACGAUGGUGUGUGCAAAGACAUCUUAACUGUGGCUGGCCCCCAAGUGGAGGCUCAACUGAAAAACGCAAAAGUGAACAGAGGAGAGGUUUUUGAAACCCAGCCCGGAUCAUUCCCUUGUAAAGCCAUCUUACAUGUGUGCGGUGAAAAGGACACAGGCAUCAUCGAACAACUGGUGUGUCGCAUUAUUCAACUUUGUGAAUCUUCUGGAUACAAGUCUGUGGCCAUUCCUGCCAUCUGUGCUGGAGCCGGCGGGAUGGACCCUGGUGUUGUUGCGAGUGCAAUCCUCCGAGGGGUAAAUACUGCCACAUCGUCUGCUCCCCUCUUCUAUCUCACUGACAUCCGCCUUGUCCUGAUUAAGAUCAAUGUCUUCUUGGAAUUCAAAGAGGAGGCAACACAAAUGUUCUCCACUGCUGUAGUCAACAGAGUGACAGUACCUCAGCUGCCUCAAGUACAACAACAGCCACCAAGGUCUCUGAAUGCAGAUCUAAGCAGCCUUCAUGUCAGCUCCAUGAAUCAGCAGUCCAUCUUCCUGUUCUUGGGUAUUUGCAGCAAAACUGUUGUUGAUGCCAUGGCAAAGCUGAAGGAUCUGUAUCAGGCUCAGUGCUCCUCAGAAACCUUCUCAAAGGAGCAGCUGGAAAGCCUCACCCAGGAUGACAUUAAGGAUCUGAACCAGCUGAUGGAGACUGAGGGUCUGUACAUGAAGAGGGACUGGGGUGGCCAGGGAAGCUUAAUGGUGACUGGGUUAAAAGAUGGGGUCAACCAGGUGAUACAGAUGAUUAAUGCGGCUGUGCAUGGCAACCUCAGGAGAGAGGUGAGAAUCAAGGAGGAGGAGGACUUGUACAACCGAGUGGCUUGGUGCAUCCUGGGAUCUAACGGCAACUGGGAGAGACUCCCCAAAACGGCCAAUCACAACCUGGAAAAAAAUGAUAUUGCAGGAGGAAUAAUGGACGCACAGGGCACCAAGUGGAGCGUGGAUCCACAGAGGACAAAGGCCCAAAGACAAGUAACUGGACAGACGGCAGAGCUCAAACGACUUCAGAAUCUGCCAGACUUCACUCUCCCCCUGAACUGGGACAACAUGGCUGCAGGGGGAGAUAUGAAGAUGGUUGCAUUGCAGCCUUCCUCUGCAGAGUACCGGUCAGUGAAGGAGGCCUUCAAACGAACUGUCCACAAGACUGUAAUGAAGAUCGAGCGUGUGCAGAACGUCCAUCAGCGCCGGGCCUACGAAGCUCGGAAGAAGCAAAUUUCUGACAAGAACGCGCAGAGGGGUGGUGCAGGUGAAAAGCUUCUGUACCACGGGACAACGCAGGACAACUGUGACUCCAUCUUGAAAACUGGGUUCAACAGGAGCUUUGCUGGGCAAAAUGCCACUGCAUAUGGUCAUGGAACCUACUUUGCCGUAAACGCCAGCUACUCAGCCCACCCCACCUACUCCAGGCCAGCUGCCGAUGGCUCUCAAUUAAUGUUCGUGGCUCGAGUCCUGACUGGACUCUACACUCAGGGUCAAAGCAGCAUGAGGGUGCCUCCGCCUCUCAACGACCAGCAGCCUCAUGACCGCUACGACAGCGUGGUGGACAAAUUAGACAACCCCAGCAUGUAUGUUGUGUUCCAUGACAACCAAGCAUACCCGGACUACCUCAUCACCUUCAAGUGACUGUGAGGGAAAGUUUUGGUAUUUUCCACUGUGCAGUGUCCUAAGUGUAGAAAAAUACAGGUAUGUUUUUAGGUAUGUUUACUCAGAGUUAUAGUGUAAAUAGAUUCAAAAUGAAAUAUGUCAUAAAUAUGUUUGAAUAUCAGAAUUAGUCUCCAGUUUAAGUCAAAACUGAGGCCAUAAAGUUUUCUACACAAACUUGAUAUUAGCUGCUUGAGUACCUGUAGGGUACAAAGUUUUACAUAAAUGAUGUGAUGUGCAAUAUACUGUUUAGAGAUAGUUAAUGAUUCAUUUUCAUCUUAUUCUGAUGAAUUAUGAAGAAUGAUUUGAAAGCCAUAUCUAUUCCAAUCUAGCAUUAAUAAAAUAUGGUGCCACUGUGAGAGAUUUAGACGUCAUUUCUAAUAAGUAAAAAUGGCAAGAUGAAAUCCAAGUAUCACCACUGACUCACGUGUCACAAAAUUAUGCAGUUGUCAAUCUUUUAUUUGGUUGAUAUUUGUACUUUAAAGGAAGAAGAAAAAGAUGAUUUAUGUAAAGAUUUGUGUAAGAUAGAGGUGAAGGUAAAGAGGUGAAAGAGCACUUUACUCUGAUAAAAAUAUUGAUGUUUAAAUUUCAAUGUUGUAUAGUGUGGGUUAAUUUAGAAAAUAGUUCAAAUGGUAAAGUUAAAGCUGCAUAGAUCACUAUUUUGUUCAUUAAAUGAAACAUCUCAUAUUCAGAGAGAAUAAUCAGCCAACUCUACAGCUCCACAGAGAUUUUUAACCACUUUUAGCUCGUUGUUUUAAUUGUAUGGCAGAUUUACUGUUUGGUUCACUGUCACUGACCCAAUUAACCCUGUUUCUACUCACGCAAAAAGCUUUUCUUAUAGGACAGAUAAUUUUCUCAGGAGUUGGUGGAAACACAAACUGAUUAAACACAAAUGUGUAUAUUUGGAUAAAAUCAGGAGACCAGAAAACAACUCCAGAGGGAUGAUGAUGUUGCUCUUUGUCUGCUGGAGUCUUGAGUGGGCAAUGUCUGCAUGCUAACCCUAUCAACUCUACAUGUCAGGGCUGUAUGUGUAUGUCAGACUCUUUUUUUGGGGCAAUUCUGCCCACUAGUGGUAAAAAGUGAUUACUGCAGCUUUAAAAUAGAAAUACUCCUGUAUUUUUUUAUACUUUUGAGCUAAAAACUUUAGAUUUUCAAAUGGUCAAAAAGACAAAACAAUAAAAAACACUGAGAUAA